GAGGGAUAAAAGAAAAAAAUCUGAUGAAUCCGCCGUCGGAUCGCGCGACCGUCAACGAGAACCAUUAUGUCCUCGCGGAAGAUCUCCUCGGAAUCAUUCAGCUCUAUGGGAUCGGAUUAUCUCGAGAGUCCGGACGACGGAGAGUGCCCGUUCUCACGGGUCUUCUGGAACGGCAAGAGCCCCGUGGAGACGGCGGUACCGUGCCCAUUCGAGGAUGGGGGCGUUAAACGGACCGCUAGGCGAAAGCGCGUCAAUCUGGACUCGCUCGGAGAGAGUCUGAGACGGCUGACUUCACCAACGACACAAACUAUUCAACUCGCUCUGCAGAGAACUGCGGAACAUUAUAGCCUGCAAGAAAUCAGAUGUAAAGAUAAAGACCGUGGAAUAGAAGAGAAGAGAAUCUUUGAUAAAUGUGUGUUUGUUGAAAACUCCAGCUCGGGGGAAGAGGCAGAUAUCUCAGGAAUCUUGCAGUACAUGUCAACGCUAUUAGGAGCAGGCGUCUGUGAGCUGCGUGAGCAUUUUGGGGAAGAGUUUUUUGGACUUUGUCUGGAGGAGAACGAGCGUGUUCUCCGGGCUCUGGCUGGAAACCUGCACGACUUCUUCAAUGGUUUUGACGCUCUGCUCGACCACAUUCGAACGUCCUGCGGCCGGCGAGCCUACGCAGAGACGCCCUCCUUCCUAUGCAAACACGCCCCUGACGCCGAGGAUGAGGAUGAGGGGAGAGGAAGGUUAGGAGGAAGGGUCCUCCUCCUGCACUGUUUCCACCCCGCCCCGGUUGUGGGCGUGGCCAUGCCAGGCUUAAUUCGGGCCGCCGCCCGCAGGAUUUACCACACCGAGGUACGGGUGGAGGAAGUCCCGCCCCCCGUCCACGCCCCUGCUAGCGGAGACUUCUCCUCGUCUCCCCCGUCACCUUCCUCUCCUCCGCCGUGCUUGUCCUUUCUCAUUCGGGAAGAACCGCGCCACCCGUCUGUCUCCCCCUCUCCCUCCCUCCAGCUCUCGCGCUCUCCACUGGACUUGCGGAUUGGUUUGAGCACGUUCUGCAGGGCUUUCCCUUUCCAUUUCGUACUGGGGACCAGUAUGGAGCUGUUGCAGCUGGGGGAGGGCUUACGUAAACAGGCGAAAAAUGAGACACAACAUCGUAACCCGAAGUUCAGCGACUGUUUUGAGAUUCUGUCCCCACGAAUUCACUGCACCUUCCAGAAUAUUCUACUGCGCCUGUCUACACCCUUCACCAUACGCACACGACCAGACGCCAGCUCUCUAGAGGCCAGGGAAAAGGUGAUGGAGCUGAAAGGUCAGAUGAUCCACCUUCCUGAGUCAUGUUCUAUCAUGUUCCUGGGUUCUCCACGUGUGGACAAACUGGAGGAGCUGAUGGGGCGUGGCCUCCAUCUCUCCGACAUCCCCAUUCACGACGCCACCCGUGACGUGAUCCUGGUGGGCGAGCAGGCCAAGGCGCAGGACGGGCUGAAGAAGCGGAUGGAUAAACUCAAAGCCACUCUGGAGCGAACGCACCAGGCGCUGGAGGAGGAGAAACGGAGGACCGUGGACCUUCUUUAUUCCAUUUUUCCCGGUGAUGUGGCUCAGCGCCUCUGGCAAGGCCUUCCCGUCCAAGCCAAAAAGUUUGAGGACGUCACGAUGUUGUUCUCUGAUAUCGUAGGAUUCACGGCUAUUUGUGCCCAGUGCACUCCAAUGCAGGUCAUCAGCAUGCUGAACGAACUAUAUACACGCUUUGACUACCAGUGCGGUGUACUGGACAUCUACAAGAUUGAGACAAUAGGAGAUGCAUACUGUGUGGCGGGCGGGCUCCAUAGGAAGAGUGACAGUCAUGCUAAACCAAUAGCACUCAUGGCAUUAAAGAUGAUGGAGUUAUCGGAUGAGGUGCUUACACCAGAUGGGAAGCCAAUCAAGCUGAGAAUAGGGAUCCACUCUGGCUCCGUUCUGGCUGGCGUUGUAGGGGUGAAGAUGCCACGCUACUGUCUGUUUGGGAAUAAUGUCACCCUGGCCAGCAAGUUCGAGUCUGGGAGUCAGCCUCGCUGUAUUAAUGUCAGCCCCACGACACACACACUCCUUCAAGAUGACCGUUCUUUCACCUUCAUUCCUCGUUCCCGUCAAGAGCUGCCAGAAAAUUUUCCCAAAGAGAUCCCAGGAAUUUGCUACUUCCUGGAGGCGGGCAAAUCCCAAAGCCAUGCCUCACUGACCAGCUCUCGUUCUGCCCCACCCGCCCCUAUUAGGAAGAUUUCUUAUAACAUUGGAACUAUGUUUUUACGGGAAACUAGCCUCUGA